CGAGGGCGGCUCGGGCGCCGCGCCGGUCUCGGGGCCCGCCGUGCCCGACGCCCCAGCCCCGGCGACGCCGGUCCGCCGCGUCGUCACCUUCGCCGCCGCCCACUCGACGGGCUCCACGGGCACCAGCGACGAGGCGCAUUCCAGCCCGCGGGCCGAGCUGAACCGCAACCAGGAUCGAUCAGGCUCCCAGGGCUGGCGGCGCCCCUCUGGGCGAGCCCCCCGCGCUGGGCGGGCGGCGCCGCGGGGGCGGAGGCCGGCGAAGCGGGGGAGCGGCUGGAGCGCUUCGAGGGCGUCCUAGCCGCGGCCUUCCGCGAGCAGGCUCGGGAGCUGGCCUCCCUGAAGGAUCCUCGGGGCCACGCCCAGCUGGCGCAGGCGCACGCGGCGGCGGAGGAGAGCAGGCUGUCCGCGGGCAGCGAGCUGCUGGCGCGCGUGGGGGCGUGCGAGGCGGCGGCGUCGAAGGCCGCAGAGGAUCUGCGCAGGGCAUCCGAGGCCGCCGCGGCCGAGUCCGCGGCCAGCGCGGCGGGGCUGGAGAGGCUGGAGGGGCGGCUGGCCGCGUGCGAGCGGCAGGCGGAGGAUGCGCACGGCGCGGGACUCGUGCUCGCCGCCGAGGCCGCGGCACUGGGGCGGCGCGCUGGGGCGCUCGAGGGCCUGGUGGGCCGCGGGCCAGCAAGCGAGGCGCGUGCGCGGGCCACGCUGCUCGAGCGCGUGGAGGGCGUGGAGCGGAGGAUGGGCGCCUUCGCGGAGGGCUACGGCGCGGAGUUCGCGACCACGAGCCUCAAACUCGACAAGAUGCAGAUCCACCUCGCCGGCUGUGAGGCGCACCUGGGCACUCUGAGCAGCACGCACGAGGCCCAGGCGCAGGAGGUUGCCGAUCUCCGUUCGAAGCUGGCAGGCUGCGAGGAGGGCCAGAUCUCCUCGGCCCUGGCCAGGCUUGCCGAUGACAGCUCCAGGCUGAGGGCCGAGUUCGCAGGGGUGGUCGUGCGCGCUGAGGAGCUGCAGAAGGAGGAGGAGGCGCGCCUGCGGGCGGACCUGGACUCCAUGGCGAGGCAGUUGGACGCUGUCCAGAAGCACCUCCAGGGUGUAGAGGUUCGGGGCCAGCGGGCUGAACCCUUCGCGGCCGUGAUGUGCGAGCUCGGCCACAUCCGUACUGCUCUCUCGGCACGCGAGAACGAGCUGUCCAUCAGCGAGGUGCACCGCGCCCAGCGGGCCCUCGCGGCGCGCCUGGAGGCCGCCGAGGCAGGCCUCGAAGCGCUGCGGCAAUCGGAGCUGCGCCGAGCCCCUGAAGGCGCCGCCCGGGACGCGGAUCGUGCGCAGUCCAGGCUGCGGGAGCGGGUGGAAGCGCUGCAGGGCCGGCUGGACACGCUGGCGGAGGCUCAGGGCCAGAGCGUCACUGCGCUGGAGGGCCUCCAGAGUUGGUGCGCCGGGGAGCUCGAGGGCCUGAGGAAGCCUCGCGACCACCAUCACACAGCGCUCGUAGAGAGGCUCAACUAUCUGGAGGAGUUCCUAGGCUACUCUGCCGGCAUGCAUGCGGAGCAGUUGGCCUCGGCACACGCCAAGCUGGGGCAGAUCAGCGGGCGCUUGUCGGCAUGCGAGGCAGACCACCCGCCCCCCGAAGCUCGCUCGGCGGCGCCUCAGGACGCGCCGUCAAUGGGCGCCUCUCUGCGCCAGCGCAUCGACCUCUUGGAGGACGUGGUCAGCACCCUCACGCAGGGGUGGCCAGGACCCGACCUGCCCCGCAGCAGGCCCGAACCGCCGCGCAGCGCUUCCGCCACCACGCGCCGCAGCCCCUCACUGGACGGCGGCGUAGACUCGGCGCAGACGGCUGCGCGGUACGCCUGGGCCGAGCCGACGCACGGCAGGCUCGAGCAGACGCGCCGCCUCGCCAGCGCACGGCACCGCAGCGUGCCCUCCUCGCGCGGGCGCGGCGACCCCGCCCGCCCCUUGGGCGGCGGCGACUCGCUCGGGGUUGCGUGGGAUCCGUCCGCUGCUGCGCCAUCGGCGCUGGCGGCGCCCAGGCCGCGUGGUGACUCCGUGGCGACGCCAGAGAAAGUUGCUCGCAGCGCCGCCCAUCGCGGCUCCGUGCACGAGCGCCUCAAGUUCUUCGAGGGUCUCUCCAGCACCCCGCAGCGGACCCCCUGCACGCUGGACCGCGUGUCGGUGAGCUACCGCCCGUCCAGCAUGCCACGCAGCUGGCUGGGCCGCGCCCCGCGGUGAUCUUGCGGGAGGACGCUUCCUUUGAGUGGCCAGCCUCCUCCCCACACUCCUUUUCUCCAGCCAACCUCUUCGUCUGCCCACUGCAGUGUGAUCCGUGAUCGGUCGGGGUUCGCCUCGCCCCGCACCGCUCUCUCGGCGCACUGCGGGCACAGCGACCGACGCGGCAGUGCGCCGCUCCUUUGGAAUUUGCGCGGGUGUCCCGGCGUUCGACGCGUUCGACCGGGUCCGCGCUGAGGUGGUGCCCACGGACGCCGCGUGGACCACAUUCUGCGGCCGCUCGCGAACCCCAUCCCUGCGGGUGGGUGUUGGACACCCCUGCUUGGGUUCACUUGGCCUCGAGACAUACGGGACACAAUCCGGAUUCCGAGGCCAAGCCGCUCUGUGGGAUCUUCCAAACUCCUUGCCCUGCGCGGCCGGGGCUCGCCUGCGGCUGCCCAUAUCUACAUAGCACCGGGCGUCUCGGCGCCGUGCGCACCCCGCCCCUUUCUAGCCCCUCCCACGCCAAAGAGGGCAGGCCUCGAGAGGCAGACGAUCGGGCCUGGCAGCGAGCGCGGCUAGAAACGAGCGGGGUGCGGGCGAGCGCUCCCGCCCGCCGGGGGGGGGCGGACGACCUCGCCCUGCAGCGAGCGAACGGCCAUCACGCCGCCUCCUGGGGCAGGGUGCGCCCUGUAGGGCCCGCCGGGCUUCCCCGCGGCCGACGCACGCGGGGAGCGCGCGCGGGAGCCGGCCGGGUUGGCCGUGCCAGAAGGGAUGCUCUCUCCUCUCCCCCCCAUGCAGGGACCCCGCCCCUUCCCCCCCU